AUGUCUGUCCCAACGUUAUCGAAUAAGCCAGAAAACAUCGACCUGCUUGUAUUGCCGCCCGGAGAAAAAAAAGUCAGUUGCGAAAUAUCGGAGAAAGGCGAUUGCAACAUAUUUACCAUAAAACUGGAGGACCACACCAUAGGGAAUUUGAUAAAGCAGGCACUUUGUCAAGACCCCAAGGUCACGUUCGCAGCAUAUAGACAACCGCAUCCUCUGCAAAACACCAUCGAAAUAACCAUCAAACCGAAGGGAUAUGCAGGGGUUAAUUUGCUUUCAGAUAAUGUGAACAGUUUGCUGUCCGAUGUUUCCCAGCUGAGGGAAUCGUUUAAGAAAAAGGUCCAACGGUACAAGGACAAGAGUGUGUAUUACGCAGAUGAAUGA